AUGUCUUUAGAAAGCAUGGAAUGUAAUGAUACGUGUGGAGUGUUUCCCCCUAGAAAGAUGUGUUUAGAUCAAAACGCUGAGCUUUUCUCGCUGGAGGAGCUUGGACAGAUACUUAGUUUAUGCUCUUAUAGUCAGGAUCUCGGGGUCGUUAAUCAGGAACUGGAUUUGCUGGAUGAUAUAUGUACGAGUUAUAUGGCGGAUAAAAUUGCCGGACUUGCAAAUGGACAACAACUUACCUCCUGUAAUUUUGCACGUGUUGCGGAUUUUACACCCGGUACUCACUCCAUUUUUAUUCCACAUCCGAGAGAAAACAAAAUUGUGCAAGAUACUCAAGUUUCUGAGGAAUGUAAAUUACCACCUAAGAAUGAAGCUGUUCCUUCCUGCCAGGAAAUCGUACUAGAUGCUAAACGAGAGGCUUCUGUUUUGCAACAAGUAUCAAAACUCCAUAAAAAGGGCCUGUGGUCGUCUGAUCGUUUACCAAAGGUUAUGGAGCCGAAAUGCGGAAGACUUCACUACACGCAUCUCCUAAAUGAGGCGAUUUGGUUGUCAGUUGAUUUUCAUGAAGAAACAAAGUGGAAGAAAUAUAUGGCAAGUAAGCUGGCUCGAGCCGCGCAACUUUACCUUAUUACGCGCCAUGAAUGGAAUCGACAGCUUCGGUGUUUUGAAGAGCAGCUAAGAAUGGGAAAUGCUGCUCGUGUGGCAAAGAUGAUCAAGGAUUGGUGGGGCAAUGUAGGCCAAGACUUGGAUCUUGUAAGUUUAAAAACGUCACAGAGACGUUGGGAUUAUGCCUAUAAAGUGAACCAACAUUCUAUAGCUCACUUCUCUGAUAUGGGUCCAAGCUGGUUAGCUUCUGUAAAUUUUGACCUAGAAGAUGCAGGUUUCCACGAAUCUUCAGAUACGUCACAUACUCUGGAUGAUGAAAGAAUCAUGCAAUAUAUUGGCGGCGAUGGAGAUAUUGAUGAUAAAGAUUGGAAGCCAGAUAUAGAAGAUGAAAACUCUACUGGACCACAUAGUUGUAGCCGGUCAACUAGCAGUAGUCUGGCAGCCAGUUUUGUGGAUGAUAGUGAUAUGAGUGGUUUUGGAGUCGCUGUUUAUUCACCUAGCGAUCCUUUAUCUCCAGAAAUCAACUUGACUUCGUGUACCAGAGCUUGCAAUCAAGUUAGCAAACAUCAUGGAUCAGACAGAAGACGAAAGAGUCAAAGCGAGCAUUCAUACACUUCCGACUGUGGACAUUGGGAAGAUGCUUCUGAAGAGACUCAUGAUAUUACUUCAGAAGCUAGGGUAAAUUCAGAUUCACCAGAGUCCUGCGACCAAAGUGUUGAAAGUAAUGAGGUGCAAGGUUUAAUAUCUGACAUGGAAGUUCCAUUGAAUCGCUUUCUUGAACCCUAUAUCGAUCAAGGAUGGUGCAUCAAAAAUAGAGUCACAUCUAGGUCUGGAUAUCGUUCUUCAGAUUCGGAUAUUUCAAACUGUGAACGUGAUUGUUGCUCCUUCGAUAUGGUUUCUCAUCAUGUUCAGAAAGAAAUAUCACUUCUUCAGAAUGAAGCGGACAUGCCUUUACAUCAAAUACUUCCUAGUGGUUACAUAGAUUUCCUUUCCAAAAUUGAUGAGCAAAAAUGUUCUACUGUGUAUAAUCAACUUGAUUCACAAGGUAAUCAUCAUAUGACUGGAUCAUCCAAAAUUGGUAGCAAAACAGAUGGGAAUGAUGGUGAUUCUUUAUCUGCCAUAAAUAAUACUUUAUGCUUGGAUAA